GGGACAUAUUUGAAAUCAGUUCUCAAUUUUUCAGAUGGAAAAAAAAUAUCAUACUAUAUAAAUGUCGGGGUAAAAAAAUUGACAUUCUUGUAGAAGAGUUUAACUAUUUAAUAACUCCGUAAAAACUUAACUAUCAAUUCAACAUUACAUCAUUGUUUCAUACGGAGUAUUUUUUUUUUUUUUACCAAUAGUUAUUCCCCUAACAAUGAUAUAACGCUGAAUUGAUAGUUAAAUUUUUACAGAGUACCUUUCAUUUCAAGGUCAUAUAUUCAAUAUUUUAGAGCAACAAUGUUUAUUUAUUCAAUGUCGGUAUUGUGAGAUGAAUGAACUUAAUGGAGUAUGAGUAUUAAAAGAUGAGUAGACCAACUUUAUUUAUUUUUGUUCAAAUAAUGCACAAGGCACUGAUUGCUAAGUAACAAAAAAACAAAAAACAGCACUGCAGCAUACACUCACUCACAUUGUGAACUUGACUUAUUAUCAUUACUGAAUUAUACUAUACAUUGAAAUAUCAUAUUUAGAGCAAUAGCCAGUUCUUAAAGUUGAUCAAAAUGGAAACUUUGUGGGAGAUUUUGAAAUACCCAGAUGAAUUUUACCCACUUUUGAAGGUAAAGAUGGCUGUUAAAGAGGCUAAGAAGCAAAUCCCACCUGAUAUUCACUGGGGUUUCUGCUAUACUAUGCUUCAUAAGGUUUCCACAAGUUUCUCUCUUGUUAUACAACAGCUUGAUACCGAGCUUCGCAAUGCUGCAUGUGUCUUUUACUUGUUCCUUCGAGCCAUCGACACUGUAGAGGAUGACAUGAGCAUAGCUAUGGAUGUCAAACUGCCUAUUCUGAGAGCUUUUCAUCAGCAUAUAUAUGAUCGCGACUGGAAGUUUUCUUGUGGAGCAGGGGACUGCAAAAUUCUGAUGGAUGGGUUUCAUCAUGUCUCAACUGCUUUUCUGGAACUUGAUAGACAUUGCCAAGUAGUAAUUGAGGAUAUGAUCAGACAGACGGGUGAAGGAAUGGCAAAAUUUAUCUGCAGGGAGAUAAAAACAGUUGGGGACUAUGAUGAAUAUUGCCAUCAUGUAACAGGACCUAUUGGUUUAGGAUUGUCAAAGCUUUUCCAUAACCCUGGUUUGGAGGAACUAGCUCCUGAGGAUCUUUCCAAUUCGGUGUCUUUAUUUUUGCAGAAAACAAACAUUAUUCAAGAUUACCUUGAAGAUAUAAAUGAUAUUCCAAGUCCUCGCAAGUUUUGGCCCGGAGAGAUUUGGUGUAAAUAUGUCAACCAACUGGAGGACUUGAAAUGCGAGGAGAACACUGAAAAGGCGGUCCAAUGUUUAAAUGAGAUGGUGACAAAUUCCUUGUUGCAUGUAGAAGAUUGCCUAAACUACAUGUCUGCUAUAAAGGAUCAUGCCAUUUUUCGGUUUUCAGCUAUUCCACAAAUCAUGAGCAUUGGAACUUUAGCUUUAUGCUACAACAAUAGCCAAUUCUUCAGAGGCCCUGUGAAAAUGAGACGCGGUCUUGCUGCUGUAAUUUUUUGUCAGACAAACACAAUGUCUGAUGUUUACGGUGCCUUCUAUGAUUUCCUUGCUUUAAUGAAAUCCAAGGUUGAUAAGAAGGAUCCAAAUGCCACAAAAACACUAAGCAAAAUUGAAGCAAUCCAAAGUAUCUGUAAGAAUUCUGGAACCCUGAAAAAAAGGAAGCUGCACAUUGUGAGGACUAAGUCAACAUACUCUCCAAUCAUGAUGAUGGUGUUCUUCAUUGUUCUGGCAAUCAUCUAUGCUCGUCUGUCUUCCAACCAACAGAAUAACUAAAUAUUAAACAGUGGUAUGGCUUCUUGUGCAGUGGCGUGGCUUUUUUACUGUAUGGGUUCGCUUACUUUCUCUAAGCAUGAAUUCGUGAAACCAAUGUUUUUUUCAAGUAACUGCCUUGUAAUAAUACGCUUUGUAUUUUCUAACUUCUGAUUCAACUUGAGGAUCAGUUUAUAGUUCCUGUUUUGCUAAAUAAUUAAUACCUUUGAUUGGAAGGUUUAGUGAUGAACAUCACCCGUCUAAAAAUAAAAUAAAAUUGGGAAUAAAUUGAUAACGCUUGUUGUUUGA